GAUAUUGGCCUUCCUCGCCUAGGCGGUGUUGAGGCAACAUCACAGAUUAGACGUUUUGACCCAACAACGCCUAUAAUCAGCAUGACAUCGAGUACGUCUGCACAAGAUUGUGUAACGUAUUACUCUAACGGAAUGAACGACAUACUGGCCAAGCCAUUUACCAGGACACGAUUGUUUGACGUCUUGGAUAAAUAUUGUAUGCACCUUAAAGUCAUGCCAAAUUUCCAAGACGUCCACAGAAUAUUUGAGCAACCUCCGCCGCGGAUAGACGGUGGCAGCAACUUGAACGAAAAUUGGCCAGUAACAGUCUUUUCUAUACCGAAUGAAGGCGAGGAAUAUAAUCAAGCGGUCUCGUAUCCCAUGGGUGAGGAAUAUAUGCCGAUGUUUAAUAUCGUGAGCUUGUCAAACGCACCAACAACGGGCACGGUUAGAUACAUCGAUGAUGUAUAUGGUGAUGAUGAAGCAUCAAAUAAUCGCCAACGGAAACGGCCGAAAUUUGAAUUAUUAGAAUGA